UGCCUAAGCGCGCGCUGGGCGCAGCCUUCGGCGCAAUGGCCAAAGCCGACCGCCGAGUCCCGGCCCCACCCGGACGCUGAGCGCCUCCGACAGCCGAGCGCGCCGGCGCCGGGCCAUGUACUCGGGGAACCGCAGCGGCAGCCAGGGCUCCUGGGAGGGCGACGGGCCUGCGGGCGCCGAGGGGUCGGCGCCAGAGGGGACGCUGAGCCCCACACCGCUCUUCAGUCCCGGCACUUAUGAGCGCCUGGCUCUGCUGUUCGGCUCCCUGGGGCUGCUGGGCGCUGGCAGCAACCUGCUGGUGCUCGUCCUCUACUACAAGUUCCAGCGGCUCCGCACACCCACUCACCUCUUCCUAGUCAACAUCAGCCUCGGCGACCUGCUGAUGUCCCUCUUCGGGGUCACCUUUACCUUCGUGUCCUGCCUAAGGAACCGCUGGGUGUGGGACACCGUGGGCUGCGUGUGGGACGGGUUCAGCAGCAGCCUCUUCGGCAUUGUUUCCAUUACCACCCUAACUGUGCUGGCCUAUGAACGUUAUAUUCGUGUGGUCCAUGCCAGAGUGAUCAAUUUUUCCUGGGCCUGGAGGGCCAUUACCUACAUCUGGCUGUACUCAUUGGCAUGGGCAGGAGCACCUCUCCUGGGCUGGAACAGAUACAUCCUAGACGUCCAUGGACUAGGCUGCACUGUGGACUGGAAAUCCAAAGAUGCCAACGAUUCCUCCUUUGUGCUUUUCUUAUUUCUUGGCUGCUUGGUGGUGCCUGUGGGUGUUAUAGCCCACUGCUAUGGCCAUAUUCUGUAUUCCAUUCGAAUGCUUCGCUGUGUUGAAGAUCUUCAGACAAUUCAGGUGAUCAAGAUUUUAAGAUAUGAAAAGAAAUUGGCCAAAAUGUGCUUCGUGAUGGUAUUUACCUUCCUGAUCUGCUGGAUGCCUUAUAUUGUGGUCUGUUUCUUAGUGGCUAAUGGUUAUGGACAACGGGUCACUCCAACAGUAUCUAUUGUUUCUAAUCUCUUUGCUAAAUCCAGCACUGUAUACAAUCCAGUUAUUUAUAUCUUCAUGAUCAGAAAGUUUCGAAGAUCCCUUUUGCAGCUCCUAUGUUCCCGACUGCUGAGGUGCCAGCAGCCCGCUAAAGACCUACCAGCAGUUGGAAAUGAAAUGCAGAUCAGACCCAUUGUGAUAUCACAGAAAGAUGGGGAAAGGCCAAAGAAGAAAGUGACUUUUAAUUCUUCUUCCAUUGUUUUUAUCAUCACCAGUGACGAAUCUCUAUCAGUUGAUGACAGUAAUAGAACCAGUGGGUCCAAAGCUGAUGUAAUCCAAGUUCGUCCUUUAUAGAAAUGAAAGAUGGAGCCUUAGAUGGGACAGCACAUUUGGACUUAUAAGGAUUGUUCUGGAAUUCCUAUUCUAUGUAAUAUCAACAGAAUUUCUGUGACACAGCAGGAAAUCUGAGUUGCCCAUAUGUUCUCUGUCCUCAACAAGCAAGACACAUUCUUUUAAUUCAAUGGGUGCUUUACAUAAUGAAAAAACAUUUAUGGCACAAGAUGGGCAUCUGGCACCAUCAUCUUCUAAUGUGUUGAGAAUUUUCAUUUCAAAUGUAUUUUUAAAUGACUAUAUUUGCCAAAGCACACUGUAAAAGUAAAUUUUGUCUCAUACAUAUGUAUGAAAUAGCUAGACCUUCUUGAAUUCUCUGUAGUGUUGGGUCCUAUUCAGUCAUGUUAUAUGACCAAAUUAAAUUAUCAAGGGAAUAAUUCUAGGAUGAAAAUCAAUCUGAAACAAACAAAAAACUGCGGUUACACAUGUAGUAUGAUAAAGAAAAGCUUCAUACUAACAUGUUGCUGAGUAAGUGCCAGAAGACACAAUUAGGAAGCAUCACAGUAAAGAGAAUAAGAUGACUUCAAGGUAAUCAUGGUGUGUGGUUAAUUAUGCACUAGUAGGAAACACACAGGUGGAGAUGAUGUUGAUGGCAGAGCAGUAUCUCCAUCUAUUUCAUUUCAAGUGUGAGCACGGCAGGAUUAUCAUUUUAUUUUAAUACUUUCCCACAAUUUUGGCAAGAAAAGGAGUUCUAAGUAAGAAAACAACUUACAUUUGUAGAGGGAUGAAAAUAAGUGUUUAAGUGUAUUCAUAAAAUGUAUUAUUCAAUAUUCAUUGCCCAUCAAUCACUCCACUGAAUAACUGAUGGUCAAUGUUAGUGAAGGGGCCAUUUUUCCAUGGGUCAUUGUUUAGACAUGUAGGAUACCAGAAUAUGCUACCCUUGGGUAGCAUAUGUCCAUUUUGCAUAAGCAUUACUUUGACCUGAAGACAGUUGAGAAGAAGUGAUAUAAGGAAAGCUCUCUGGAGCCAGGUGUGGUGGUACAUGCCUGUAAUUCCAGUGGCUUCAGAAGCUGAGGCAGAAGGAUUGCAAGUUUAAAUCCAGCCUCAGCACUUUAGUGAGGCCCUAAGCAACUUAGUCUCAAAAUGAAAAGGGCAAAAAUAAAAGGGAUGUGAUUCAGUGGUUAGGCACCCCUGGAUAAAUCCCUGGUACAAAAAGAAAGAAAAGGAAAGGAAAGAAGAGAAAAGCUCUCUGGCUUCCACCUAUAUUUGCUUAAACCUGGGACAUACAUUUAAAAAGGUAUUCUCCUCUCUUCUACCAGGAAGGACAAGGCCCAUCACAGAGACAACUUAGACACUUACCAGCCUGUAGACAGCACCAGAAGAAUUUCUAUAACUCCCCUUUGCUAAUCUCUAAACAAGUUACUGCCCCUAGAGACUCAGUCUUUUUCUUUUGUCUUGUCACUUCUCUAGCAGUUUGCUGUUUGUUGAAGAUGCCAUAUAAGCCAGGGAGUUCUAAGCCAGCUCUUUUGAGAUGUACUCAUUCUUUGGGCAUCUCCCUUGUAUAUAUGAAAUAUAUGUUAAUAAAAUUCUGUUUGUGUUUGUUCUUCUCUUGUUAAUCUGUCUUUUGUUGUAGGGGCCCCAGCCAAUGGAUCUAACAUAGGUAAAAGGAAAAAGUAUUACUUUCUUCCCCUACACACUAAACAUGGAUUAUUAGUGUAUCAAGAACUUGAGAAUGUCUUUGACAAUAGAGAAAAUAAAUACUGAAUCAUUUUAUUUUACUGCCUAUUUUUUUUUAUUUCCUAGAUGACUCUCCUUCUAGUGUUACAUCUUUAUAAUUAAUUGUAUUUGAAGAACUUCUAAAUGGCUCAGUUGGCCUAUUGAAGAAAGAAUAACCAAAGAAAAUAUUUCACUAAAUGCGUUUUAAAAAAAUCAAGUUCAAUGCUGGUUCUGUUGUAGUAUAUGGUUCAAGAACAAGUUACUAAACUGUUUCUAAGGGUCUGAAAUUGAAUAAAAUAUGGCUUCAUAUUUCUAUAAAAGCUGUCUCCCCUUGUUUACUUUCUACUCUCUUAUAUAAGCGUUUGUUUUAUGAAUAAAAUCUUUUCUUAUCCUUCA